AUGGUGGGCAUCACGGCCGUGACGAAGCUGGACAGCCUUGUCAAGGGCAACAAGUCUACUUUGAUGAACUCGUCCGUCAUCUUUCUCACGUUCAGCAGCGAAGAAAUCUUCCAGAAGAUCGUCUUCCAGUGUCCGUGCCAGAAACCGCAGAGCACUCUGUACGGCGCGAGCUUCCUGUUUGUACCAGCAUUAGCGCUCUUUAUUGUUGGUAUAUUGGUCAACAACGUCACAUGGCGUUUGUUCACCGGCUGCUGUUAUCGCACUCGGUCGACCCACCAUGGCUGCCGCAAGGGUUCGGUCUACCUGGUUAAGAUCAUCAUGCAGGCGCUGGUGGCUCCGGCAGCCUGGAUUUUUAUAGGCUUCAUCGACGGAAGGAGUGCAUAA